AUGGAGGUUUUAGGUGAUAUUAGUAACUUUUGUCGCUUUUGCCUCACCCAGGACUACGAAUCUUUAAUGCCACUAUCCAGCGCCAUCGAAAGCCUAUCUUUUUCGUUGCAAGAUAUACAGGAAACGACCGGAAUUUCGAUUCUGGAAAGCGAAACCACAUGCCUUGCCGUCUGUUCAAAAUGCAGCAACCGCAUUGAACUCGCGGUGGAUUUUCGUCGUUCCUGCCUCAAUGGAAAUGUUCUGUUUUUGCAGCUUUUCGGUCAUAUCAUUAACAAGUUUGGCUCAUCCGAUAUUGCGGAAGAGAAUCUGGAGGAUGCGGAAUAUGUUAAAGAUGACCCAUUGGAGAUCGAAAUAACUUUACAAAACGAGUUAACUAUUGAAAAUACCUUGUUAACGCACGAUGGCGCAAGCCCGGUACUGUCGGUGGAAGAGUCACAAGAGCUGUUCGAUAAGCGAACAAACGGGCAGGAAGAAUGUGAAACUGAAAACAGUUGCUCCGAAGAUCUUUCAGAUGUCCCCACGAACAUGUCCACAUCAAUAGGGAAAGCAAUGAAUUCGAAAGUAGCUGCGGCCGCAUCCAAAUGUAAAAAGACGAAAUCUAAAGAACGGGCUGAGGAAUGUGAAGACAAAACAAACAAAACAAUGAAACGAAGAAAGUCUGGAAAACGCCAAAAACUGUUAUGUGGUAUUUGUGGUGCCCUGGUGUACAAUAUAAUCGACCACACACGAUCGCAUACCAAGGAAAAUCUUCUCAAAUGCCCACACUGCCCCGUGCAGAUGGCUAAUGCCACUAAUCUGGCGAGGCAUGUGCAUUCGGUACACGAAAAAACAGUAAUCAAAUCUUGUGAACAUUGUGGCAAGGGGUUCAUCACAUUGGACUCCUACAAAUCGCAUUUGGUAUGUGCACGCCGGAAUAUUUCCAUUUAUUAUCCUAAUGCAAUUUAUCAUUUUUCUAUGUUCUUGCAGCGAACGUACCACAAUAUUGGCAAACAGUAUCAGUGUGAAAUCUGUCUCAAAAUAUUCAAGCAUCCUUCGAGCCGGAGAGAUCAUAAAAAGCGAAUGCAUUUUGCUGAAUGGAAGCAUGAAUGCCAGAUUUGCCAGAAAAAGUUCAAAGACAUGGACGCUCUGAAGCGGCAUGGAAGGGUGCACUCUACCAACACUCCAUACGCCUGUAGCCACUGCCCAAAGCGAUUCAAGUCUCCAUUCGCAAAAAAAUCGCAUGAAAUCACACACAGUGGAGUACAAUUCCCUUGUACAAUCUGCAACAAAAUGUACAGGUACAAAAGCUUACUAAGCAUGCAUUACCGGAAAUACCACCCAGCGGACGAUGGCGAAUAAAUCUAGCACAGAGCCCCUAAAUGGUGACCACUGA